AUAAAUUUAAUUUUCUCUAGUUUCAGAGGUGUUGAAUACAUACAGGGGUAAAUAUGGGGAGUGGGGAGGAUGCCCAGUUCGUGUUCGCUAAAUAUGAUUACACGGCUCAAGGAAACCAGGAAUUAGAUAUGAGAAGGAAUGAGAGGUUACUUUUAAUUGACGACAGUAAACAUUGGUGGAGGGUUCAGAAUACUCGGAUGCAAACAGGCUAUGUUCCUUCUAACUAUGUGAGGAAGGAAAAACCUUCCAUUUUUGACAGCAUAAAGAAGAAAGUAAAAGGUGGAAACACUAACAGCGGAUCCAAAACAUUACCAUCAUCCAACUCUAGUCCUGUACAUGUAGUCCCCCCUCCCCCUCACACAGGAAAAGGAAGAUCCCAUGGAGGUGGAGGAGGGGCUUCUGAACCAACAGAACCAAUAGCCUCAGCAAUUGUCAAGUAUAAUUAUCAGGCACAGCAGCUGGAUGAGUUGUCACUAGUCAAAGGAUCCCGAGUAAUGAUUCUAGAAAAGUCUGGGGAUGGAUGGUGGAGAGGACAGUAUGGAAACAAGGUUGGGUGGUUCCCGUCUAACUAUACACAGGAGGAGAUAGACGACCUAUUUGCUCAGAACGACACAGAGCUGAGUUUCAGUAAAGGAGACAGAUUGGAGGUCUUAGAUAGACCAGCUUCAGAUCCAGAAUGGUUUAAGGCUAGGAACCAGUGUGGACAGAUAGGUUUGGUUCCCUCUAACUAUCUCCUGGAACUCUCCCAGUUCCUAACUCAAGAUGUUGGAUCCAAGGAUCAAAAUCAAGCAAAUGGAGGUGGCUCAACCAACGGAAAUAAUACCAGUGGCGAGGAGAUUACUGGUAAGAGUUGGUACUACGGCGCUAUAAGCCGUGGUGAAUGCGAUAUACUGAUGUCGGAGAGGGGACAAGAUGGAGACUUUAUUGUUCGAGAUUCAGAAUCUACGACUGGUGAUUUCUCUGUAUCGUUGAAGGCUCCAGGCCGAAACAAGCAUUUCCGGGUUCAUGUCGAGAACGGAAUGUAUUGUAUAGGACAGAGGAAGUUUAUCUCACUUCAACAGCUUGUCGACCAUUACCAGAGAGCCCCGAUUUACACUUCUCAGAAGGGAGAAAAACUCUUCUUGAUAAAACCUCUUCCAAAAUAAACCAAACCAAUGAAGGACUUGACGAACCGACGAAGAAGUACAAUCGUCUUUUACAUAAAUUUUUAUUACUUGUGAUAUAUAUAAUUUUGUUCUACA